UUUAAAGUUUCCUUUUUUUAAUAUCAGUUUUAAGUCAGUACAGCUGGAUUCCUGCAGCUUACCACAUCCCAUCUUAUCAUCUGUGUGAAACUGGAAGUAUUUCAAAGGAAGCUGUUUUUUGCUGCCUGAUCUCUCUUUCUAGCAAUGAAGUUUAGUUUCCCCAUUCGUGUCUUGUGUACUUCCCUUCAGUGUUAGUUUCUGUAUGCCUUGGCCAUUGCGAGCAGCCCGUUCAGUUCUUUGCAAGAUUUCACAGUUGUGGUAUGUAGGGAAGUCUGCAACUGCUGCUACUUGAAAUGAGCAAGUCUCUUGCUGCUCCUGCAGCCAGCACCACACGUCUCAGCUACCCUGUGUGGUAGCUGAGAUGGUGAGAGGGAAGAGUUGUGCUCCUUCGCCAGCUGGAUUGCCUUCUGUCGCCAUUCCAUUGCUCCCAUUCUUUCAUGAGAACUGCAGACUUUAAAAUCAGUGCUACGGAAAAGGGUAGUCAUGUGCUUUAGCUGUAGUGAAGUGGAAAUAGUUAGUUUUCUUUAUCCAGAUGUACAAAUUUACAGCUUUGACCUCAGUAUGCUGUACUGAGAUCUUGAAGGUCCUAGACUAAGCUCUGCUGGUGCUGUGUGGGCCCACCAUAGGCUGUAGCUGAUGAUCCUGCUCUCUGCCUGCUGUCCUGGGCGCUCCAACAUCUGCCUCCCAGCCCUUUUGAGCUUCUGUUAGUUAUACCCUCCAGGUGGGCUGUGUUCAAGAUGAGAGUGCUGUGCUUGGAGUGCUAGUCUAUGCCUCUCAAAACCUGCAGAGCUGGCUUUACUCAGAUUCCCUCUGUGGCUGUUUGGAGCACAUGGGAUAUUUACCUGCUCAGUGGAGUCAUGGAGAUUUCAGCUACAUGGCUGAGAGCAGCCCCACAGAGCCAGCUGCAUGUCUGGGUGGUCAUAACUUGUAGGGUGCUUUAUUGCUGAAUGCAUACCAGCAUGUGCUGCCUGUUUUACCCUUGCAGAUGUGUGGGUGACCCUAGGCAGCUGUGGUCACCUUAGUACCACUGCAAGGACUUUGGGGUUGGGAGCACUUGACCUCAUGGGAAAGAAGGGGAACAGAGGUCUUGCAGAACAGAAGUUUGUGACCACAGCUGGGUCCCAAGAAGCACUAGUAGAGUCAAACCUGGUGUGAAAAAAAAGGGCCCGAGAAUAACAAGGGGGCUGGGGAGGAAAGACACAAAAGGAGAAGCAGAAGUGUGUGCAAAGCAGCUUGGGGCUGCAGAGCUGAUGGUUCAGAGCGCUUCCUGUUCCUGGAGCCGCGUGUGCCCAGCUGCGCACCAGGUUGCUCCUGCCUGUGCUCUGCAACAGUGCACAUUGGGCCAGGAGAUCAAGGCGCAAAUCCAGAAGCAGAGUGAUGGAGAGGCAUUGAAUGGACUAACAGUAGACUUCAGCAGAGAUACAUGGCCAGCUCCCAAGAGAAGCAGAAACAACUUGGUGCCGGUUGCUCCAUCACUGAUCUCCGACUUCCCUUUUCUCACCAGUGCAAAGAGAUUUUUCCUCUGUAUUUUUUGAGUUGCUUUUGUGAUAGCUACUUGACCUCCUCUUCUUUUUUCCCUUCACAAUGGUGAGGUGGUUUCAUCGUGACCUGAGUGGGCUGGAAGCUGAAGCCUUACUGAAGGGACGAGGUGUCCAUGGGAGCUUUCUAGCCAGACCCAGUCGAAAGAAUCAAGGGGAUUUUUCCCUUUCAGUUAGGGUUGGUGAUCAGGUAACCCACAUCCGUAUCCAGAAUACUGGGGAUUUCUAUGACCUAUAUGGAGGAGAGAAGUUUGCCACACUUUCAGAACUGGUGGAGUACUACACGCAGCAACAGGGCUCACUGCAAGACAAAGAUGGGACCAUCAUUGACUUACGAUAUCCGCUCAACUGUUCUGAUCCCACUACAGAGAGGUGGUACCAUGGGCAUCUGUCAGGUGCUGCAGCUGAGUCACUUCUCCAGGCCAAAGCCACCCCUUGGACCUUCUUGGUGCGGGAGAGCCUCAGUAAACCUGGGGAUUUUGUCUUGUCUGUCCUGACCGACCAACCUAAACCUGGGUCUGAUGGUCCACCAGCUGGAGCAACCAGUGCCUCUGGGGCCCGGCUCAAAGUCACCCACAUCAAAAUCAUGUGUGAGAACGGACGUUAUACAGUUGGAGGUACUGAAAAGUUUGACAGCUUGGCAGAUCUUGUGGAGCACUUCAAGAAGACUGGGAUUGAAGAGGUGUCUGGCUCUUUUGUAUACCUGAAGCAGCCCUACUACGCUACAAGGGUGAAUGCUGCUGACAUUGAGAAUAGAGUGCAUGAACUGAACAAGAAGAGUUUAUCUGAGGAAACAUCGAAGGCUGGAUUUUGGGAGGAAUUUGAUAGCCUGCAAAAACAGGAAGCCAAACAACUGUUUGACCGUCAUGAGGGCCAGAGACCUGAAAACAAGAGCAAGAAUCGAUACAAGAACAUCUUGCCUUUUGAUCACUCUAGAGUCAUCCUCCAAGGAAGGGACCCAAAUAUCCCUGGAUCUGACUAUAUCAAUGCCAACUAUGUAAAGAACAACCUGAUCAGUCCAGAUGAGUGCACCAAGACCUACAUCGCUAGCCAGGGUUGUCUGGAUACCACUGUCAAUGACUUCUGGCAAAUGGUGUGGCAGGAGAACACACAUAUUAUUGUUAUGACCACACGGGAGGUAGAAAAAGGACGGAAUAAAUGUGUGCCCUACUGGCCAGAGGCAGGCAGCACAAAAGAAUAUGGUCCCUACCUUGUGGAGAAUGUUGGGGAGCACGACGCAUUGGAAUACAAACUCCGGCAUCUCUGUGUGUGUCCAAUAAAUGAUAGUGAGGCUGUACGUGAGAUCUGGCAGUACCAGUACCUGAGCUGGCCUGACCAUGGUGUCCCAAGUGAGCCAGGAGGAGUGCUGAGCUUCCUCGACCAAAUAAACCAGAAGCAGGAGAGCAUUCCAGAUGCCGGGCCUAUUCUGGUGCAUUGCAGUGCUGGGAUUGGCCGCACUGGGACUAUCAUCGUCAUUGAUAUGAUAGUGGAAACAAUCUCCACCAAGGGGCUGGACUGUGACAUUGACAUCCAGAAGACCAUCCAGAUGGUGAGGGCCCAACGCUCAGGGAUGGUGCAGACAGAAGCCCAGUACAAGUUCAUCUACAUGGCCAUCUGCCAGUUCAUAGAGACAACAAAGAAAAAGCUGGAGGUUAUCCAGCCUCUGACAACAUUCACUACCUGCUGCUGUUUAAUACUGUUUAGCCAGCACAUGACAGUGAGCUUUGCUGGUGCCUCCAGAAAUGUGUUGCCCCUCUGGUCCCUUCUGUACAAGGAUGUGCAUAUAUUCCUGCUGCUCACCUCUGGGCCACCCGUGGGCAGAGUGCACAGAGCCUGUGGACUUCAGCAAUCCACCAACCUCCACUGAGAUCCUUGCGUGAUAUGUGCAUGGUUAAACAGCCACAGUUCUUCCAUUGUGCCACCUCUCAUGCUUCUCCCAGACCCCACUCUUCUCAGCUUGGGUUUUCUCUC